AAUAAACCCACUUCCUUCGUGCUGUGACCAGCUGUAGCUGUUCCACUGUGAAAAGUGAAGAAGUAUGAGCCCGGGCGGCCUGUGAACACACGUGUCCACCUCGCAGACGUCACGGUUUCCUGUUCUCCUGCUCGCCUGCUCUCCAAAGGAUUUAAAAGUCACUUCCAAGUGUGUGAUGCAGGCGGCUGCAAAAGUCAUGAAGGUGUUCGUGACGAGGCGCAUCCCGCCGGAGGGAAUGAAGAUCCUGUCUGCGGCCGGAGAGUGUGAGGUGUGUCUGUGGGACUCGGAUGAACCUGUGCCGAGAGAGGAGCUCCUCAAAGGUGUGCAGAGGGCUCACGGUCUCGUGUGUCUGCUGUCAGACAAGAUCGAUGCUGAGGUUCUGGAUGCUGCAGGGCCAAACCUUAAAGUAAUCAGCACCAUGUCUGUGGGAUUCGACCACAUGGCUCUUGAUGAAAUACAAAAACGUGGAAUACGUGUUGGAUACACUCCAGAUGUGCUGACUGAUGCCACAGCUGAACUGACUGUUGCUCUGCUGCUGGCCACCGCUCGCAGAUUACCAGAGGGAGUUGAGGAGGUCAAAAAUGGUGGCUGGAGCUCGUGGAAGCCUCUCUGGCUGUGCGGCUAUGGACUUUCUGGCAGCACAGUAGGAAUCAUUGGACUCGGACGCAUUGGUUUGGCAAUUGCUCGGAGACUCAUGCCCUUUGGAGUGAAGAGACUUCUGUAUACGGGGAGAGCGGCCAAGGCCCACGCCGCAGAGGUGAAUGGAGAAUUUGUUCCCCUGGACACACUUGUGUCUGAGAGUGACUUCAUCGUUGUUUCCUGCUCCCUGAGUCCAGAAACCCAGGGCCUGUGUGACAAACCCUUCUUCAGCAAGAUGAAGAGCACUGCAGUCUUCAUCAACUCAAGCAGGGGGGCUGUGGUGAACCAGGACGAUCUGUACGAAGCUCUGAGCAGUGGACAGAUAGCUGCAGCUGGACUGGAUGUCACGACACCCGAGCCACUCCCCACAAACCAUCCCCUGCUUACACUCAAAAACUGUGUGGUGUUGCCGCACAUCGGCAGUGCCACCUACUCCACAAGAGGUGUCAUGUCAGCUUUGGUGGCACGAAACCUGCUGGGGGGUUUACGGGGCACAGAGAUGCCCAGUGAACUCACCUUCUAGAGCCUGAUUCGGAGCCGCAGCGCCUGGUGCCGCCUCUGGUGUUGUCAGAAAACAGUAACGCACUGAUCUGAUAAUGGUCUCUGAUGUGGAGACCAAAGCAGUGAAAGAACAGUAAGAAUACUCAUGUCGUUCAGAUACAUGUUUUCUAAAUGUCAUUGUUAACUCAAUAGUUUUGUUUGAUCCUAUCACAGUUGCACAGAAGUGUGCUUUUAAUAUGCAUGCUGCAUUUUUGAGGAAGGAAAUGAUCCGUGCAAAGUCUUGAUUCAUGUUAACGAACUACAGUUGCUACACUCCUUGAAUAUAGUAGUAAAGGUGUUUCCUUCAAAAUAGAGUCAGUGGUUUGUUUUCUUGCCUUGAAGGUGAGAUGUACACUUGUUGGUCUGCACUUUAUCCUGAUGAUGAAGCUCCGUGUUUCCUGUUAGUAAACAGUACAACACUCCGGUUCUGUGUUAAAUGGGAUUUUUUUCUGAAGACUAAAAAUCGUUCAGUAGAAAUAUAAUGUAAGGUGUGCAUUUGUUUCUUUAAUAAAAAUCCUCAUGCUUGAAAUAGAUUUGUAGAUCAAUAAAAAUCGCCAAGUGCAUUA